GUGGGCCCUGCGUCGGAGGUCACAAGAUGAGUAAAGCGCACCCGCCGGAGUUGAAGAAAUUUAUGGACAAGAAGCUGUCAUUGAAAUUAAAUGGUGGCCGACAUGUCCAAGGAAUAUUAAGAGGGUUUGAUCCAUUUAUGAAUCUAGUAAUAGAUGAAUGUGUGGAAAUGGCACAAGGAGGACAACAGAACAACAUUGGCAUGGUGGUAAUUCGAGGAAACAGCAUCAUUAUGUUGGAAGCCUUGGAACGAGUAUAAAUCAACUGUAGACUGCAAUGGCAUUUUUU